AGUGUGUCGGGAAGCUCCGUGCACUCGGUCCGCAGAAAGCGAAUAACACCCGAAAGGAACUCCAGUGCGCUAUCAGGACGCUUUUAUUAACACUCGGGAACCGAUACAGAAGAGUUUUUUUUUUAACCGAGUCGAGCGUUAUAUCCACAUUCCCUUUGUUCCUUGGAGAUGUGUCUCCUGGAGGUCUGAGCAGCGAGCAGAGCUGCACACUGAAGCCGGGAUGAGUGGGAGCUCCGCGGGGUCCGGCGCGGCGCCCUGCCGCCUGGUUCACUACUUUGUUAUUUGUGGGAUAGACACAGAAACUGGACUGGAGCCGGACGAGUUAGCAGCUUUGUACCAGUGGUUAGAAGCAGACCGCCAAGGCACGGACCCCGAUGCUGCAGCCACAGGUGAAAACUUGGAGCAGAGCCCGCUGAGGAGGACCUUCAAGUCCAAAGUUCUGGCCCGAUACCCUGAGAACGUGGAGUGGAACCCGUUCGACCAGGAUGCCGUCAACAUGCUGUGUAUGCCUAAAGGCCUGUCGUUCAGGACGCAGGCCGAGCCGCGGGAGACCCAGUUUCACUCCUUCAUCAUCACCAAGGAGGACGGCUCUCGGACCUACGGCUUCGUCCACACCUUCUACGAGGAGGUGACGAGCCCGCAGAUCUGCUCUGCCAUGCAGACGCUCUACCAGAUGCACAACGCAGAAAACACCUCCUCCAACCCUCCCUCCUCUUCCUCCUCCUCCUCCUCCUCCUCCUCCUCGUCGAGCAUGGACUCUCUGGCCAGCAGUUUAGACGAGGCCGACUCCCCCGCGUCGUCCUCCUCGUCGCGCAGGCCGGGUGGUUAUGACUCAUCACGGGACACUCUCUACGUGUCUAAAGCUCUGUGUCUGAUCACGCCCAUGCCCUUCAUGCACGCCUCCCGCCGUUUCCUGUCCCAGAUGCACCGAGCCGUCACCGACAGCUCCGCCCCUCCGCUGCCUCUGGAGAGCUACGUCCACAACAUCCUGUACGAGGUGCCGCUGCCCGCUCCGGGACGCUCGCUCAAGUUCCACGGCGUGUACGAGCCCAUCGUGUGUCAGAGACCCGGGCCGGGGGAGCUGCCCCUCGCCGACUUCCCCCUCGCCGAGACCUUCAGCCUCCUGGGGGUGGAGAACCUGGUCCAGGUGUUCACCUGCACCCUGCUGGAGAUGCAGAUCCUGCUCUACUCACAGGACUACCAGCGCUUGAUGACGGUGGCCGAGGGCAUCACCACGCUGCUGUUUCCCUUCCAGUGGCAGCACGUCUACGUCCCCAUCCUGCCCGCGUCCCUGCUGCACUUCCUGGACGCUCCCGUCCCCUACCUGAUGGGUCUGCAGUCCAAAGAGGGGACGGACCGCUCCAAACUGGAGCUGCCUCAGGAGGCCAAUCUGUGUUUUGUGGACAUUGACAACCACUACAUCGAGCUCCCGGAGGACUUCCCUCACUUCCCCAACGAGUCCGAGUUCGUCCAGGAGCUCAGCGAGGUUCUGCUCAGCUUCGGUAUUUCCGCAAUCUCUGGGGCCCCGCCACGGACCCGCACACCGGGAAGCGCCCCCGGCAGCGCCCCCUCCACCCCCGGCCGGGAAAGAAGGACUGCCGUUCUCCGUCAGCUCGAGGACGACGGGCGAAACGGGAACCUGGCGGGCGAGGAGCUGGCUGUGCUGGAGCUGCUGCAGGGGAACGCCACGCUGGAGAGGCUGCAGGCGCUGACCAAACGCACGGGGGUGACGGUGGCUCGUGUGGACGCCUUGAGGGCGCGGAUCAAAAGUCAGAGCAUCGAGGGGCAGGGGGGCCGAACUGCAGCUGAAGAGGAGGAGCUGAGGAACGCCAAGCUGAACGUGCAGCUGAGGGAGGUGUUCGCCAGCCGCUUCAUCACCAUGUUCGCCGACUAUGAAGCCUUCGUCAUCCAGAGCGCGCCUGACCUCGAGUCCUGGCUCACCAACAGGGAGCAGAUGCACAACUUCGAUAAGGCCUCCUUCCUGUCCGACCAGCCCGAGCCGUACCUGCCCUUCCUCUCCCACUUCAUCGAGACGCAGAUGUUCGCCACCUUCAUCGACAACAAGAUCAUGUCGCAGUGGGAGGAGAAGGAGCCGCUGCUGCGAGUCUUCGACACCCGCAUCGACAAAGCUCGUCUCUACAACGUCCGCGCUCCGAGUCUCCGAUCGUCCAGCUACCAGAGGUGCUCCGUCCUGAAGGAGGCCGCUCAGGCCAUCGAGCAGCGUCUGAUGAAGAUCGACCACACCGCCAUCCACCCUCACCUGCUCGACAUGAAGAUCGGUCAGGGCAAAUACGAGCAGGGCUUCUUCCCCAAGCUGCAGGCCGACGUGCUCAACACGGGACCAAGCAACAACAAGUGGUCUCACAGGACGGCGACGACUCAGCGACGGAACGACCGACACCGACAGCAAUCAGAGCAUCUAACCCUCGACAACGACCUGAAGGAGAAGUACAUGCAGGAGGCCCGCAGCCUGCAGAAGAACCUGAGGCAGCCCAAACUGUCCGAUCUGUCCCCCGCCGUCAUCGCUCAGACCAACUGGAAGUUUGUGGAGGGGCUGCUCAAGGAGUGUCGCGUGAAGACAAAGCGGAUGCUGGUGGCGAAGAUGGGCCGGGAGGCGGUGGAGCUCGGACAUGGUGAAGCAAACAUCACGGGGCUGGAGGAGAACACUCUGAUCGCCAGCCUGUGUGACCUGCUGGAGAGAAUCUGGAGCCACGGGCUGCAAGUUAAACAGGGGAAGUCGGCUCUGUGGUCCCACCUGCUGCACUACCAGGCCCGGGAGGAGAAGCUGGAGCAGCAGGCCGAGUCUCCAGUGUCGAAUGUUCCUGAGAGGAGGAAGUCUGAAAGCUCCAUUGGGAUGCCGUACCUUCGAGUGUCUCUCAUUCAGGACAUGAGGCACAUCCAGAGCAUGUCAGAGAUAAAGACGGACGUGGGACGAGCGAGGGCCUGGAUCCGUCUGUCCCUGGAGAAGAAGCUGCUCUCUCAGCACCUCAAGCAGCUGCUGUGCCGACAAGCCUUAACCAAGAAGCUGUACAAGCGUUACGCCUUCCUGCGCUGCGAGGAGGAGAAGGAGCAGUUCCUCUUCCACCUCCUCUCUCUGAACGCCGUCGACUACUUCUGCUUCACCAGCGUCUUCACCACCAUCAUGAUCCCGUACCGAGUGGUCAUCAUCCCCAUCAAGAAGCUGAGCAACACCAUGACCACCUCCAACCCCUGGGUGUGCGUGUCCGGGGAGCUGGGCGACUCGGGCAUCAUGCAGAUCCCUAAAAACGUCCUGGAGAUGACCUUCGACUGUCAGAAUCUGGGGAAGCUGACCACGGUGCAGCUCGGUCACGACAACGCCGGCCUCCUCGCCAAAUGGCUGGUUGACUGUGUGAUGGUGCGCAAUGAGAUCACAGGACACACGUACAGGUUCCCGUGCGGCCGCUGGCUCGGUAAGGGCGUGGACGACGGCAGCCUGGAGCGAGUGCUGAUCGGUGAGCUGGUGUUGUCGACGGCAGAGGAGGAUUCUGGGAGAGGCUGCCGAACGCCCCCGCUGCAGCGCUCGCCGUCUCAGAUCAGACGCAUCAGCAUCACGUCGAUGUCUGCACGAGGGUCCAAGCCAACCUCAGCUCAGAUCCAGGAGGGGAUCGGGGAGGCCGUGAACAACAUCAUCAAACAUUUCCACAAGCCGGAGAAAGAGAGAGGCAGUCUGACCGUCCUGCUGUGCGGAGAGAACAGUUUGGUCGCAGCGCUCGAACAGUUCUUCCACCACGGAUUCAAGUCUGCCCGCCUUUUUCAGAAGACCGUGUUCGUGUGGGACUUUGUGGAAAAGGCCGUCGCCUACAUGGAGUCGGCUGACCAGAUGGGAGACCUGCAGGAGACGGCGGAGCCCCGGGGGAUGACCUGUCAAUCACUCUGUCACUAUGUCAACGCCAUCAACUCCACCCGGAGAAACAUCGGCAAAGAUGGGAAGUUCCAGCUGCUCGUCUGCCUCGGAGCCAGGGACCGUUUGCUGCCCCAGUGGCUCCCCCUGCUGGUGGAGUGCCCGGUGAUCCUGCGGAUGUACGAGGACACGGCGCUGCUCAGAGACCGCACCACCGUCAACGCGCUCAUCGGAGUCGUGGAGACGCUGCACGACUUCCCCAUCACACUGGAGGCCUCGCUGGUCAAAGGCAUCGACCUUUAGCACCCAGCGGGGGGACCGACGGGACGCUUACCUCGCUUACCACCAGCUUCACGCGCUCGUCCACGUUUAGCCGAUCGGCUCUCGUAUUGAACGUGUCCCCAGGAUGACGAGGAAGAAAAUAGUAUGGCUGCUUUAAGUUAGAAGACUCCGCUUUGGAUUCAGUAUUAUUCCCCCACCUGUGGAUCUGAAGACUCUUUUAAUUAAAUCAAAACCAGGGAUUAAUGCAAAUUAGUGCAAAUGUCCAGAACAAACCAUCCCCUUUUAAAUGAUUUCUGACCUUCCAGGGAGCCAUUGUUUCUGCGACAACACAAAAAUCUACUUCCGUAUUAACAUUACAUUGGUGCAGAAACGUUAGCCAUCAAAGUAUUUGAAUCGCAGAUGAAACCUGUUGGCUUCUUCUCGAGAUAUAAACCUUCAAGAACACCUCACAGGUAUUAAAUUACAUUUUUUUUAAAGGAUUAAACGGUUGCUCUAUGAAGGUUUUUUACAAAAAAACUGUAGGUAACAAUGCACUUGCUGGGGACUACUUUCAGCAGCGGAGGAAUCGACAUUUUUUGGAGCAGCAGGACACUGAAGUAAAGAGAGUUACUACUAAAGUCCCUGCUCUCAACAUCUGUGUUUUAGAGUCAUUUGACAAUACUCAAAGGGAAGCUAAUCCUCAGAUAAUUAUUCUACACGAUGAUUCUCAAACUUGAACCAGCCGACACAGAGACUGUGUGGAGAAGGAACAUCAAUCUAAAAGAUUUACAGAAUGCUUGGGAACAUCUAACAGUAAUGCACGCUGGUUUGACCAGAUAGAAGACGGCCAAACUCCAACGGUUUGGUUGUUUCAACUUUUAAGUAGCAGCAGCCGAAGUUUCCCUGCGUGUUAGCUGUGUAGCUUAGCCUUUCUUCAGUAGGUACGACUCGAUUAACUGUGAUUCUCUUUCCUGCCUGCAAUUUCACCGCCGUCAUCCCCUCGUUAGCAUUAGCGUUAGCGAGCAUGCCUGUGGGAUGUGGACGGAGGUUUUACUGACACACUGGAGCAGGAUUUAAUUCGAGCACUGAGCUGAAGAUUCACCUGCUCUCCAUGCUUCUCUUUCUUUUGAUUCAUGUCGGGCAUUCUCUCCGCUCUCAGCCUGCGGAUGAACUCAAAAAUACUGAUCUCAGUGAUGCGGCUCGGUGGCCGGAGAUGAACCUGUGGCUGCACUGACAUUCCUACCGAACCUCAGCCAUCAACCUGGCUGUUUGAAACUCUGUGUCCACGUGAGUGCACAUCGGAGAAUGUGACAUAUUCCAUGGAUGUGUGGCUGAAACGUGUUUUCCCUGAUUUUAUUUUUAUAUCUUCACAUUUAAAGUUUUAAAGGGAUGUACUGGUUUCUGACGUGUACUGGAACACUGAGUGAUCAUUUAUGCAUCACACAUUCAUUCAUGAACUAGCUAGCUUAUAUUUCCCCCCACAACAGCUGAAAAGUUUAACUUCCUCCUCUGCUUGAAACCACGUUGUUCUUACUAAGUAGUCAUGGAGUCAAGCCGGCUGUCGAUGCAUGACUUACAGCAAGAACUCUGCAGAUGUUCAGUGUCAUAAAUAUUCUUCAGAAUUUGCAGUAAACGUCUGCUGUGUUGAAAACGUGUCAUGGUUUAGAGUCUAAAGUUAUUAUCGUCAAAGUGAGGACAUCACAAACACGUGACUAUCUAAAGAAAAAGGCACUAAUUUGACACCAACAGUAAGACAAGCGAUAAAAAGUUCAUUGCAACAUUCGGAUCGCUGCAGUUACAGUUUUUCGCCACAGGUGUCAGCAGAGAGAACAAAACAGAGAUCGGAAAUUUUAUGACUUUACGUUGGAAACUUUGUGGUUUCAAUCUCUGGUUAAAGCUCGUCAGUUAAACAAUUUUUCUUGUGGUCAAUUAAGGAAUUUUCACUCAAAGUCGAAAAGUUCCUGACUCUGUAUUAAUGUCGGAAACACUGGAACAGAAACGCUUCCCAACAAAGAGCGUACAGAUCUCAUAAGUCCUGGCUAUGAAUAUGCAAAAACUGUGCAAGUUAAUUUCUCAACACUUCAUGACUUCUCAUUAAAUGGAUUCAUUUGAGAUGUGUGAUGUUACAAAAUGCAGUAGCAGUUCAAACUCACUGUAAAUUCCCACAUGCCCUGAAUGCAACACGAUCUCUCUCAUGUAUGAUGUUAAACUUCAAACAUAGCUCCUUUAAAACACAAACAAACUGCCUUUUUUUUUCUUUUUUAUCAGAACCUCUUUUCCUCUGAAGGAUUUUGUCCUAACUUUUAAUUUUUUAGCUGCAUGAGAUUUUGACCACUGCUGCCACUUUCCUCCGUCUGACAAACGGUAUAAAUGUCUUCAUUAGUGCAUGUCGCCGUGUAGACCAAGCUGUAUUUAUUCUGAGCUUCUCUGCAGAUUUAAAGACGAGAGAGCACAACCUUUGCAGCCCCGGAGUCCUGCGGUGAUCUUUGAAUCUGUAAACACAUAAUGCCUGUUUUAGUUUGAAUGUCUUUAUUUUGUGUAUUUAUUAAUUUAGUGUUUAUCCACUGAAAGCAGUGCUGUGAAUUUAAGGUUAAUAACGCCUGUGGGUUUGGAAGAACUGGAAAUGUUCAUGUUUUUAAAGCCACUAUUCCCUCUUCAAGUGUUUUCGUCAUGUUUUUAACCCCUUGUGCUCCCGCUGCUGAUGCCUAACCCGCAGCUCUAAAGCACGAGGACAGAUUCCUCCGUCUCGUCCUGGAUGUUUUCUGUGUUCAGACUCUUUACAUGUCAGAGGAGAACUUUCACUGUGGACGACCACGGACGUCCCUCCUUUCAGACUCACUGUGGAUUUGUUACAUGAACAUGCGGUGUGAGGAGUGGUUUGAACCCCCGAGUGGAUCUGCUCAAUUCUUCAGACUGUCAUGGGAAGAACGCCAGCGGACAAAAAGAGUUUCAAGUCUUUGUCUGACGGAUUAACUCUGUUCUGAUAUUUAUUAUGCCUAUUUCAAUAAAAACACGCAGUGUGUUCAAGGAGA